AUGGGCAUCAAGCCGAAACAGGAGGCAGCCUCAGAAGAGACGACACGGGCCAUCACGGCACGCAAGAAGCAGGAUUGGUCAGAGGUAACGGGCAAGUCGUACCUCGUACCUUUAGGUGCUUCAGUCGGACGAAAAGGCAGAGGCGCUGGUUUCUACUGCGAGGCCUGCAAUGAGACGUACAAGGACAACAAUGCGUGGAUUGAUCACAUCAACAGCAAGCAGCAUCUUCAAAAGACGGGUCAAAGCUAUCACCAAGAAAGAGCCACGCUUGAAGAAUGUCUGGCGCACUUGGAAAAGCUCAAACAGCGUCAAGCGGCAAGUGCAGAAAGGCAGGCAUAUGAUAUUGAGGCAGAGCUCAAGAAACGUCGGCAAGACGAGCUUGCGAGCAGAGAGGCAGCGCGAAGUGCGAAGCGAGCAAAACGGGAUGCAGUCAAGGCGGAAGAGCAGAUAGAGGAGUCUGACAUGUCGCGGAUGAUGGGCUUUGGCGGAUUUGGUACGACAAAAGUCUGA